AUGUCGAUUCUUAAUGUAGUUAUCAUCGUAACGUGUGUGUUUGAAAUUUUCUCUUUCUUUACGGACGGUGCAAUACCAGGAAAUAUGUAUUACGGAAGAAAGGCCGAUGUAAGUUCGGAGUUUUCGAAACUUAGUCCUUUCGGUCUACAGCAGUGUGUUCGAUCGUGUUUCCUAGAGGGCUCGUGUAAAUCUGUGAAUUAUAACAGAAAUCAACUGACUUGUUAUCUCAUCGACGAGGAUUUGGGGUCUGACUCCCUUGUCGGUGAUGGCGACUACAUUUUUAUCAGCAACAUCACGGGAACUCAGGAUCUGAUGAAAGGAUGUGUUCAAAACAGUUGUCUUCAGCAAGAGUCUUGUGUAAUUUUGAAAAAUGCGACAACCUGUAUCAAGACUUUUUGUCGACAUGGUUUGUAUUCGUUUUAUGAAAAGACAAAGUCAUGUCUAAGAAUUGUUAGCCACCCUGCGUUAAACUGGACGGAUGCGGAAGGAUUCUGUCAGCGAGACGGUGGACAUCUUGUGUCUUUGGAAACUGAAAAUAAAACCAAUCUGGUCGUGGAACUAUUAAACUAUUUCAAAGAUUACAAAAUGAUGAACAUAUACGUCUACUUUGAGGAAAAAUUGUUAUACGGGUAUCUUACAGCUGGUCUUGGAUCCAGUGUGACACGAUUUUGGAUUGGACUGAGUGACAGAGAAACGGAGGGGACCUUUAAGUGGAUCGCUGGACAUCCUGUGGGAUUUUCCAACUGGAACAAAGGUCAGCCGAACGAUUACUACGUCAGAUGUGUGACAAAUUCGUCCGACGCGGACUGUGCCAUCACUAGAACAAAUGGCAAGUGGGCAGAUGACUGCUGUGAAACUCCUCAUGGAUUUAUCUGUGAAAUUAUUUGAAAACUACCAGCUAAA